GAGGAGCAGAAUGCGUGGAGCGGAGUGGAAAUAAUUUUGUCAGUGCUCCUGUAUAAAUACACCGCCAGUUUAUUCGCUUAAACAGGAAUCUGAAGCAGAUCAAAUCAGAUCAGAUUAGCAAUCACGCCACUUGGAUAAACUUCACGGGAAAAGGAUGAAUCUAAAAUGCAUUGGAUAACGCCAUUAUUGAUCCGAUAGCUCUCCUUUUUUGGCGUUAAGUUAGGAACUAGCCAGGCAGUUCCCCCGCGCCUUUAGAGCUUUACCAGAGUUUCCUUUGGUUAUUAGGCGACUUCUUGGACUGAAUGCGUAUUGUGGACUACUCUGUGUUCUAUAGACGCGUCUGUAGACUUUUUUUUGUCCCAGCCAACGCGAUGAAUUUACAGCGGUUUGCAUUUUGUCAAGGCAACGCGUCUUGGUGCGAUUUUUUUCCGCUCGUGAGAAACAUGGAUGCGGCGAUGGAGAAGGAGUGCAGCGCUUUGGGAGGACUCUUCCAAUCCAUCAUGAACGACAUGAAGGCCAGUUACCCUGCCUGGGAGGACUUUGUUACGAAAGGGGCCAAGUUACAGUCACAGCUAAGGACAACUGUCAUUGCCAUUGGCUCAUUUCUGGACGCUUUCCAGAAGGUUGCUGAUAUUGCAACUGGAACACGAGGGGCAACAAAGGAAAUUGGCUCAGCAUUGACCAGAAUGUGCAUGAGACACAGAAGUAUUGAGAACAAACUCAAACUCUUCACUACAGCUUUUGUGGAUAACCUGAUCAGUCCGCUAGAGCUGGCACUGGAGGAGUGGAAGAAAGGGGCCGGUCAGCUUGAUAAAGACCAUGCUAAAGAAUAUAAGAAGGCCCGAGCAGACAUCAGGAAAAAAUCAUCUGAUACAAUCAAACUGCAGAAGAAAGUAAAAAAAGGUAAGGAGGAGGUGCGGAUGCAGUUGGACAGUGCUGUGCAUGAUGUAAACACUCGCUAUGCUGAGUUAGAAGAGACUGAGAAGAGGUCUGUGUGCAGAGCGCUCAUUGAGGAAAGAGGACGUUUCUGCUCUUUUGUUUCAAUGCUAAAACCUGUUCUUGAUGAAGAGAUUGGUAUGCUUGGUGAAGUAACACAUCUACAGUCUAUUCUUGAAGACCUUUGUAACCUGACAGUAGACCCAAAUGCUUUACCACCUUCUAGUGAGCAGGUUAUUCUUGACGUGAAAGGUUCUGAAUACACCUACACAUUCCAGACUCCGCCUGCAUCUCCUAGCAACACACUCUCACGCAAAAGCAGCAUUAGCAGUAACUAUGCAUCAGUGCGUCACAUGCCCUCUCUGGACUCUAUCACCAGUGUCAUGGAUGGCCUGCAUUUCCAAGUCCAAGAAGUAGGACAGGAGCAGAGUCGCAAUGUUCCUGGCACAGAGAAUGGCACCUCUCUGCCUCCUCCACACCAAGUUUACAGUGGUUAUGGGGAAAGAGUUAGAGCCCAAUCCACAUCUGGAAAGCUGAAGACAGCCAGGGAGCAGCUAGCUCUGUCAUUAGCAGGCACACUCAACUCAGAGACUCCUCACACUAGUCAUGACUCUCUGCACUGCUCCAGUGGAUACAGUACCCAAACAACAACGCCAUCCUGUUCUGAAGAUACAAUACCCUCACAGCAUGCAAUAAGGAAAGAGCCUCCUCUAUAUGAUUAUGACUAUAUCUCUCUUCACGGAGGUGAUGACAACUCCAGCCCUUCUGAUUUUGACAAAUCAUGCACAAUUCCACGUAACAGUGAGCUGAGCCUGAACUACCGUAAGCUGUUCCAGAGCAAGAGACCUGCAUCUACUGUAAGCCUGCUGACUGAGCCCGAGUCACUACUGCUACAUCAGCAUCACACAGCCACCAUCAGGCGUAAACCAUCCAGCAAAGCCAACCUUCGACGUGGUACCAUCAGUGGAGGCGUGCCAAUCCCCAUCUCCACACCGCAGGUGCCGCUAAAACCAGCUACAUCCCACACUGGUUUGGCCCAAAGCUGUAGUGAGAAUGAGGGAGUGUGCCUACAAUUGCCCCCUGAAGCUGUUCGACACUCCAGCUCUAAUUUGGCACCCGCUAAACACACACCCUCCACCACCACUCAUAAUAUGAGUACAAUGCCCACCCCAUACUAUGCAAUGUUCCCUGGGCAGCCACCGGUAGGUGUCACAGAGCAGAUUUACCAAACUGGCAAGCAACAUCAAAGGCAGUUUCAACACCACACUGACAAUCAUCCACAGUACAACCAAAAACAAAGGCCGUGCCACCAAGAGUACAACAAGCAGCAACACCCAGUACAAUAUCAACAAUACAAUCAAGCACAAUGGGAGCCACCACAAUACAUCCAUGCACAACACCAGCACCCACAUCAACAUGACCACAAACAACACAAUCAGCAACAAGUUCUGACCAUAAAAUCUCAGCAUUCACAGCUUCCCAAACAACAUAAUCCAAUCCAGCAGUAUGAACAACAGCAGUAUCAACUACCUCAGCAGAAUGCUGCACUACAACGCUGGUCAUCUGUUCCAGGUCCAGACACUGCAAAUUAUUCAGAUGAUACAAAUGAUUCCAAUCAACUCCCAAGUGGUGGCAAUGAUAUGCUAAGUAUGAUCCGCAGGGGGGUGAAACUUCGACGCACACUUACAAAUGAUCGCUCAGCACCUCUCAUCACCACCAACUAUCUUAACUAAAGAUUAUUCUGCAUGCAUAAGGCUAUUACCUUUUUUUUUUUUUUUACUUUUUCCCCAUUUUUAUAAGGGUUAGCCAGUCUAACUUUUCUACAUAAUGACUUUGUCACAUUACUUAAUUAUAAUUAUGUCUUUGGAGCACCGGUGUGUCCAUAUGAAUGUCGGGUUUCAUAUGCUAAAUUUUAUUAUAUUGGUACCUAUUUAGAGAAAAAAUAUUUUAGAUCAAAUAAAAUUUUAUUAAUUUGUAUACUUUUUAAGUUUGAAUGAACCUUGACAGCUCCACUGCCUUUAUUUGUCUGAAAUCUGAAUAAAAUAAGUGAAUUAGUUGUGUACAAAUAUAAUGAUCAAGUAUUGUAGGGGGAAUGUGGCCAAUUUUUUAUUGCUUGUAAUUAAUUAAUGUGGCUAUAUAUAAACCUGUUUUGAUUUUGAAGUUGUUUGUAAAUAUAUGACUGCUGUUCACCAAAGCUUUGAAAAGUUAGGCUGUUCCAAACACCUGGUAUUUUUAAAGAAGGGAUACAAUAUGGCAAGAAACGUUACUGAAAUUGCAAUUUCAGUCAUUUCUACUUUAUUGGUAGGUGUGACCUAGAGAAUCUUUGUCAGACUAAUAACAAAACUCUGUAUCUUCUUCAUUUUUUAAAUAUUAUUAUUUAAGUAGGUUUUUUUUCUGUAAUGCUUUCUUAAACUUUUUCCUGCUUAUUUUUUAAACAGCAUUCAGGAUUAUGAUGAUAUAAUUUUAAGUUUGUGAAUUAAAUUGUACACUGCCAACUGUUAGAUGUGAUUUUGUCUUUAAGCAAUAUACUGUACAUUUUUACAUAUUCUUAAACGUCACAAGUAAUUGUGUAGAUUUUUAUAGGUGGUGAUUGUUAAAAUGGCUUUUUUUUGCAUCUUCUGUACUUUUGAAACAAAAAAAAGAAAUGAGUCUUAAAGAAGCUUGCUGUUUUGAGUAGUUCAGGCCACUUGUUGCCCCUUAUCAUAUGUCAUGGAGUCAUAAUUUCUUUACCUUAUACUGUAUGAGAGGUUGCUUUUUUUCCCUUGCAGUUUGCAAAUGCAUUUGAUAGGUUUAGAUAUGCUACAUUAUGCUGAGAUAAAUAACUUACCUAUACAGUUGUGUUUUUCUUUAACUUGCCCAUGACGUUUGAAAUGAAAGCUUUGCUGUUUAUUGUAAAGAAAUGUUUUAUGUAUUUUAAAAUUUAUCCUUCAAAGUGACUUUUUAUCCUAAUUGUGAUGCUUUUCUUUAAGAAGUAUCUUAAAGAAAGAAGACCUUUCGUUUUUCUUUGGUCAGGCUGGUUGAUUUGUAGUUUUACUUGUUUUUCCUGUCCUGUGUAAAAGCUAAUGUAAAAGCUAAUGCUGGUCAUGGGCUUUUGGACAAUAAGCAUAUUGCCUUUGUUCUAACCUUAAAUGAUCUGCCAGCUUUUUUAGUCUAAGAAAUGGGAACAUUUUGUGUAGUGAUAAAGCACUUUUGAAAAAUCUGGUCCAAAAAGCGGCUAUCUACAGGCCUCAGCCUAGUUUUAAUUUACUAAUAUAUUACAUCUUACACACCUUAAAUUUACACAGUAGAAUUUUGUAGAAGCUGUGUAGUUUUACUGGAUACUAUAAAUAAACACAGAACUAAAUUAUUCUAAUAAAAGACAUAUGCCAUG